AUGUCCACAGAGCGAGGCGCUGCCAACCAGGGAUUUGCUUCCACCUCUUCAGUCAACUACGGUUCAACAAUAGAGUAUCAGGUUCCACAGCUGCGACGGAUGCCUCUGCAGGAAUUGUGUCUGCAGACCAAAUUGCUGACUCCCUCUCUAGUAUCAGAGUUCUUGUCCAAAGCUCCACAACCUCCUACCGCGCACGCUGUAAAAAGUGCUGUGCAGAUGCUUAAGACAAUAGAUGCAAUGAACCAGAAUGAAGACCUGACUGCUCUUGGCUUCCAUCUGGCCGAUCUACCUGUUGAGCCCCAUCUGGGAAAGAUGGUGCUCUGUGCUGUGGUGUUGAAGUGUCUCGACCCCAUUUUGACAAUUGCCUGCACACUCGGUUAUCGGGACCUCUUUGUUCUUCCUGUCCAGGGCUCUCAGAAGAGAGCUGCUCUUCAGUGCUGUAAACAUUAUUCUUCCAACACCUUCAGUGACCAAAUGACCAUGCUGAGAAUUUUCCAGGCAUGGCAGAAGGCUCGCAAUGAUGGCUUGGAGAGGUCCUUCUGCGAAAAGAACUUUUUGUACAAUGCCACCAUGGACAUGAUUCUUGGCAUGCGGACACAGCUGCUGAGACAGCUUCGUGCAACUGGCUUUGUGAGGGCCCACGGAGAAAGUGAUGUACGUGGUGUGAACAUCAACUCAGAAAACUGGGCAGUGGUGAAGGCGGCCCUGGUGGCUGGCAUGUACGCAAAUCUGCUUCAUAUUAACCCUGAGACAAACCUGCCCUCUAGUAAUAAGGAGAAGAAAGUCAAUUUUCACCCUACGUCCACAUUGAAUCAGUCCCAGAACAAGGAGGUAUGUAGAUGAAGUUACUGUAUUCUUUUGGAACAAAAUAA